CAAACAGCAGCCCAGUGACUGCCCGCCUGGCUGGGGGCACUUCUACCCGCGGAAGGCUGGAAAUCUUCUACAACAACCAGUGGGGUACCGUCUGCGACGAUGGGUUUACCACCCAGGAUGCUAUUGUCGCAUGCGCCAUGUUAAAUAUCCGUGGGGGUACACCGAGGGCGCUACCCAUAAAUACCUACCCGGCAGGGACUGGCACCAUUUGGUUGGACGAUGUCUAUUGCCUAGGCAACGAAACAUCUCUGAUAGACUGCAGACACAGGGCCAUCGGCUCUAGCAACUGUCAACAUAACGAGGACAUCUCCAUCGACUGUGGGCAGCAAACCGUCGCAGCGACCCCGAUUCGUCUAGUGGGUGGCCCCGUUGGCGAUAACCGUCAAGGCCGGGUGGAAGUCCAACACAACGGCACCUGGGGCACAGUCUGUGACGAUGGCUGGGGCAUACCGGAAGCAAGAGUUGUCUGCAAUCAGCUGGGCUUUACAAAUGCCUUGCCUGUUCCCAUGGCAAACGCCUUCUAUGGCCGGGGGACCGGGAAUAUCUGGCUGAGUCAUAUAAACUGCGUCGGCAACGAGACGAACCUUGACCUCUGCCAUCACUACCCAUACACGUUUACUGAUUGCGACCACUCGGAGGAUGCCGGACUUCUUUGCUUGGACCGUAACACAAGUCCUAUGCCUGUGGCCGUGAGACUGAGCAGCGGAGCGUCAAUGUACGAAGGACGGGUGGAAGUUCUGUACAACAACAUCUGGGGCACAGUGUGCGACGACUCCUUUGAUGCUGUAGACGCUCAGGUGGUGUGUCGCACACUUGGAUACACUGGCGGGACGGUGCUGCAGAAUGCUGGGCAAGGCAUGGGUCCCAUCUGGAUGGACGAAGUUGGAUGCACGGGCUCGGAACCAACGCUAACUCAAUGCCCGUUCAGCGGGUGGGGUGAGCACGACUGUGACCACAGCGAGGACGUCGGCGUCCGGUGUACAAACCCUUCCGUUCAGGAUGUUCAGGUGCGUCUGGCCAACGGAGCGGGCCCUGACUCCGGGAGGGUGGAGGUACUGCACAACGGUCAGUGGGGGACCGUGUGCGACACCAACUUUGACAACGCCGAAGCCGCUGUCAUCUGUCGUCAACUCGGCUUUGGAACCGGCACGGCAACAGCCUUUUCAAGCUCUCACUUCGGACAGGGUCAAGGGACAAUAGGGGUCAGCAGAAUGGACUGCAGAGGGCCGGAACCUGGCAUUAGCCAGUGCAGCAUCACCUGGACUUCCGCUUUUCCUACCUGCACGCAUGCGCACGAGGCUGGGGUGUCCUGCCGCGGCACUGCUUUGCCAUCUCUUCAGGUCCGUUUGGUAGAAACUUCAGCAACUACCAGGGUCUGGUGGAGGUGUAUUAUAACAACACCUGGGGUACUGUAUGUGAUGACGACUGGGACGUCAAUGACGCUACCGUCGUCUGCCGCAUGUUGUGUACCCAGCAGCGUCACUGUUCGGCUGGCAGGGAUAGGCUCCACCCCUACCCAAGGUCGGGUGGAAAUCUUGUACAACAACACGUGGGGUACGGUGUGUGACGACCUCUGGAACGCCAACGACGCCCAAGUCGUCUGCGCUAUGCUGGGCUUCCCCAGAGCCGGAGCAGUGGCUGUCACCAACGCUCGCUAUGGCAGCGGAUCUGGACCAAUAUGGCUGGACGACACACAAUGCGCGGGCAACGAGGCCAGCAUCUUGCAGUGCCGGGCCAAACCUAUAGGGUCACACAACUGCUACCACAGCGAAGGACGCCGGAGCAUCGUCACACAGAUACGACUGUCUCCUGGACCGACGUCUGGGCGGCUGGAGGUCAACUACAACGGCACCUGGGGGACUGUCUGUGACGACGGACUCACGGGCUCCUACGGCACUGGGUUGGCACAAGUCGUGUGUCGCCAGCUCGGACAACCUUACACCGGGGCAUACGCAGUCACGAACGCGAGGCUGGGCGCUGGAACUGGACCCAUUCUGCUAGACAGCGUUCACUGCUCAGGCACAGAGGCAUCCUUGCUUCAGUGCUACCAUGACCCUUGGGGUCGAAGCGACUGUUCGCAUUCUGAAGAUGUGGGCGUCGUCUGCCAGGCAGGAACCAGUGCAAUCAGUACCACGCUGAGGCCGACAACGCCUACUAACCCUGCUAAUAUGUUCGUCUCCCUCGAGGGUACCGGACUAACGGCUUAUGCAGGAAGGGUCAAGGUUUACUACAACGGCUACUGGGGUACAAUCUGUAACGACCGCUGGGACUACAGAGAUGCGGCUGUCGUCUGCAGCAUGUUGGGAUACCCGAGGAACGGAUCCGUUGCAGUGACUACCACCAGCGUGUAUGGUCAAGGUACGGGCAGCAUCUGGAUGGACAACGUGCAGUGCACGGGGCUGGAGACCAACAUCGGCUCGUGCAGUCAUUCGGCGGCCAACUACUGCGGACAUAACCAGGAUGCUGCAGUGUCCUGCCCAACGACUCAGGUGCCCAGUCAGUUCAUUCUGUUCACGGACACCAACACUCACACCCUGUAUCGCAUGGACUUGAACUCCUACAGCUACAUCAACAUUCCCGUGGGUGGCAACGGCAACCCUGUCGCCGUUGACUACGACUUUCUGACCAAUCGAGUCUACUGGACAGAUGUUGCAACGGACGAAAUUCGGUCCUCCAACCUGGAUGGUACCAAUCCCAUGGCAGUGCGCAAACUGGCAUCCGCUUCCCAAGCAGACGGCAUCGCCGUGGACUCCACUUCCGGUUUAAUAUUCUACUCUGACACUGGCUUGAACCUCAUCGUUCUCAUGACUAUUUCCGGGUUUGAUCAGAAGACCAUCGUCAACAGCGAUCUGGACGAGCCCAGGGACAUCGUUGUGGAUCCGCAAAAUGGAGUCCUGUUCUGGACUGACUGGGGAGCUCGCGCCAAGAUCGAGCGGGCCAACUACGACGGGACAUCUCGCCAGACCAUCAUCAACAGCAACCUCACCUGGCCUAACGCUCUUGCCCUUGACAUGCCCAAUCAAAGACUGUACUGGGUGGACAGCAGCAAUACCCAGAAUGACAAGGUGGAGUAUUCCAGACUAGAUGGCACCGGCAGAACCGUCAUCUACAGCGUCGCCAACACACACUUCUUUGGCAUGGCGCUCUUCAACAACCAGCUGUUCCUCACAGACUGGAGUGGAACCGGUCUGAAACGCAUCAACACUGAUGGCACAAUGGCGACGACGGUUGGUCCUCCCAUCUCCACCCACCUCAACGAUGUGCACGUGCACUUCAAUGGCGCUGGGGGACAGGGUCCAAACGGAUGUGCAAAUAACGGUGGGUGUAGCCACAUCUGUAUUCCUCUGCCUGGCAACACCAACAAGUGUCUUUGUCCCGAUGGUCUGGUCCUCCAGCCUGACCAGUCAACUUGUGGACAGGGUCAAGGCUGCACACCCCUCCAGGCUCCUCUGAACGGCGCCAUCUCGCCUUCGUCAUGCACGAGUGGCAGUGCCAACUCCGGCAGCACGUGCACCGUGUCCUGCAAAGCAGGCUUCACUCUCAGGUCGCCAUCAAUUCUCUCUUGUUUGCCAUCCGGGUCCUGGAGUAACUAUGGCCUCCAGCCUGUCUGCGUUGAUACGCAGCCCCCGAAGAUCACGUGUCCCUACAACAUCAACGUCAACGCAGAGAAAGGCAAGACAUCCGGCACUGUCAGUUGGUCCCCCAUCAUCGCUAGCGACAACAGCGGCGCUGUCACGGUCAUCACCAGCAUGACGUCACCGAUCGUCCUCAAUGAAGGGAUGUACACCAUCACGGCCAAGGCCUUCGACUCCAGCGGCUUGAGCUCCUCCUGCUCCUUUUCUGUUAGCGUUAACGUUAACAGGUGCUCGCCGAUCACGUUGCCCCCAUACACACAGUUGCUGACGUCACCAUGCCCCUCCUAUUACGGCUCCGUUUGUCGGGUCGCGUGUUCUGCCGGCUACCAGAUGGCGGGUGCCUCUACCAUGGACGUCACCUGCGAAUCCUUUGGCAUCACCUACCGAUGGGACCCACAACCGUCAUGCAAACCUAUUCCCUGCCCAGCGCUCACAGCCCCUGACCACGGGACGGUCAGCCCCGCGUCUUGUCUGACCCCAGGGUCACCGGUGGGCAGUCAGUGCAGCCUCACGUGUCAGACAGGCUUCACACUCACUGGCAGCUCGCAAACCGUGACGUGCACUUCCGCUGGCCGUUGGGACAAUGGACAGGCGGCGCUGUGUCUGGACGUUACGCCACCGACCGUGACAUGCCCCGCCAACGUCAACGUUGUUGCUGCUAACGGCAUGACGUCAGCAGUGGCCAACUGGCCUACACCCACCGUACAAGACAACGCAGGAAACGACCAGGUGGUCGUCACGUCCAGCCUGCCCUCGGGCAUGACCCUGGACGAAGGUCAGCACAGCGUCACCGUGCGAGCCAUUGACCGCUCGGGUCAGUCGUCCUCCUGCACGUUCAUGGUGACUGUUACAGUUCAGAGAUGCCCUUCUCUGAAACUGCCUCAGCACGCGAUCCUCAUGACGCCAUCUUGCCUGCCUGUGGCUGGAAGCUCUUGUCGCAUCGCCUGCCAAUCCGGAUACUUACUGAUCGGAAAUGACGAAAUCACGUGUUCAUCCAAUGGGGCACAAGCGGCAUGGGACAGCAGUCCGUCAUGCAACCGGACAGGGGAUACAGGGGCUACUGGGGCUCAGGCACAGCAAGGUAACAGCGGCGGUGGCGGUGGCGGUGGUAGCAGCAGCAGUUCGUCCAACACUGGGGCUGUCGUCGCUGGCGUUGUGGUGGGCAUCAUCAUCAUCGCGAUCAUCGUGACUGGAGGCUUCCUUUACUACAAGCGAAUGCUAUGGGGGUCACAAAGCAGGUCAAGACAAGGUAUACAGAUGACAUCCACUUCCGGAAGUGGUCCUACCUUUGGCCUCGACAAUCCACUGUUUGAAAUAAACUGAUAAACAAAGACAAAUCUUUUACUUGCACGUAAAAUUCAGUUGCUCAUUUGGCACCCAUUUUUUUCUUUUUUCUUUCUUUUUUUUCGUUGAGGGAUCAAAAGGGAAGUGAACGUUUCGUGUGACUCAUUUGGUUUUUGCUGUUUCAUAAGUUGAUGUGAGGACAAAUGCUAACAAAUUCAUUGAAACCAUAUCCAUAUCUUCGACCCAUUAUUAAUAUUGUUAGUUGUUGUUGUUGUUUUUUGUUGUUGUUUGGCUUUGUUUUGAUGUUGGCGGAAUAUUUAUUGAGCAUCUGAAGAUUGAAUGAUGUGUAUAGAAAAUAUCUUAGCUACUGCUUGUUGUGUGAUAUUGAGAAUGUUAGUGAAUUAAAAAUGAUGAAAUAAAAUUUUGUUAUAAAACCGUA